CCUGCGCCGCGCCCCCGGCUCUAUAAAGGCGGCAGUGCGAGAACGCAGCGCGGUGUCGCCUUCCCGUCGCCAGUGUCGCUUUGCCGUCACCUCCGGUGUCCCGUCCGAUAGCGAGGAUGGAGGCGGUGGUGCGGCGCUGCCCGUUCCUGGCCCGUGUGUCCCAGGCGUUCCUGCAGAAGGCUGGGCCGUCGCUGCUGCUGUACGCCCAGCACUGCCCGCGUAUGAUGGAGGCGGCCCCGCCGGCCGCCCGCGCCCUCGCCACGUCCGCCGCCCGCGGGCAGCAGGCGGAGGAGGAGACCCCCGCGGGCCGCCGCGAGGCCAAGAAUGUCAAAGAAGUGGCCCAGCAGAAUGCAGAGGGAGCCCAGCUUCCUGCUGGCCACCCACCUGCCAGCAGUAGCCAGAGUACAGCUACCAAAUGCCCGUUCCUGGCAGCUCAGAUGAACCACAAGAAGAGCAAUGUUUUCUGCAAAGCCAGCCUGGAGCUGCAGGAGGAUGUGCAGGAAGUGCAGGCUGACAGGAAAGGUACAGAAUUUGCCAAAAUACCAAGCACUUCCACAGUGAGAAAGAUUGAGGCUGAGGGAGCAGAGCAGAGUGGCUUGCUCGAGAAGUUUAAGGAUAUUAUGCUGAAGCAAAAACCGGAAAGCGUCUCUCAUCUGCUUCAGGAUAACUUGCCAAAAUCUGUCUCCACCUUCCAGUAUGAUCAAUUCUUUGAGAAGAAGAUAGAUGAGAAGAAGAAGGAUCACACCUACCGGGUGUUCAAGACCGUGAACCGCAAGGCGCAGAUCUUCCCCAUGGCAGACGACUACACCGACUCCCUGAUCACCAAGAAGGAGGUGUCAGUGUGGUGCAGCAAUGACUACCUGGGCAUGAGCCGGCACCCUCGUGUCUGUGGAGCAGUGAUGGAAACACUGAAACAACAUGGUGCUGGAGCAGGAGGCACCCGAAACAUAUCAGGAACAAGUAAAUUCCAUGUCGACUUGGAAAAAGAACUAGCUGAUCUUCAUGGAAAAGAUGCAGCACUGCUGUUCUCAUCUUGCUUUGUAGCCAAUGACUCCACUCUCUUCACUCUAGCUAAAAUGCUGCCAGGCUGUGAGAUCUACUCUGAUUCUGGAAACCAUGCCUCCAUGAUCCAGGGGAUCUGUAACAGCAGGGUGCCAAAACAUAUAUUUCGCCAUAACGAUGUCAACCAUCUUCGAGAGCUAUUGAAAAAGUCUGAUCCAUCCACCCCUAAAAUUGUUGCAUUUGAAACUGUUCACUCCAUGGAUGGUGCUGUUUGUCCUCUGGAGGAGCUGUGUGAUGUGGCCCACGAGCACGGGGCCAUCACCUUUGUGGAUGAGGUGCACGCUGUGGGGCUGUACGGAGCCCGAGGAGGCGGGAUAGGAGACCGGGACGGAGUCAUGCACAAGAUGGACAUCAUCUCUGGAACGCUGGGCAAAGCAUUUGGCUGCGUGGGAGGCUACAUCUCCAGCACGAGCUCCCUGAUCGACACGGUUCGCUCGUACGCGGCCGGGUUCAUCUUCACCACAUCGCUGCCGCCCAUGCUGCUGGCCGGGGCGCUGGAGUCGGUGCGCACGCUCAAGGGCGCCGAGGGCCAGGCGCUGCGCCGCCAGCACCAGCGCAACGUCAAGCUCAUGAGGCAGAUGCUGAUGGACGCGGGGCUGCCUGUGGUGCACUGCCCCAGCCACAUCAUUCCCAUCAGGGUUGCAGAUGCUGCUAAAAAUACAGAGAUCUGUGACAAGCUGAUGAGCCAGCACAGCAUCUACGUCCAAGCCAUCAACUACCCAACGGUUCCCCGUGGAGAGGAGCUGCUCCGAAUCGCCCCUACACCUCACCACACCCCCCAGAUGAUGAGUUACUUUAUCGAAAAACUGCUGGCUACAUGGAAGGAUGUUGGUCUGGAGCUGAAACCACACUCCUCAGCUGAGUGCAAUUUCUGUCGACGACCCCUGCAUUUUGAAGUGAUGAGUGAAAGAGAACGAGCCUACUUCAGUGGCAUGAGCAAACUAGUAUCUGUCAGUGCAUGAGAGCAGCAGUGUCAGUUGUUGUCCAGCUCUAGGAUGGAGUCAGUAGCAUUUUUUAAUUGCUCAAGUAUUUUAAUUGUAGUUGAAGCACUACGCUCUGAAAAUAAAUGUCAAGAGCCAUGAUG